GAAAAUGAAGUUUUUUUAAUAAGGCAGGAAAUAAAGGAAAAGCUAAAUUCUAUACAACUGAAAUACUCAAAAAAUGGUCGAAAAAUAUUCAGAGAAGUACAAAUUUCUGCGUGUGUCAUGUUCGUGACUCUGAUGGCAGCCGCUGUGAUAGGAAACGCUGUGGUCAUGUGGAUCAUCUACAAACACAAGGUGAUGCAUCAUGGCUUCAACUAUUUUCUUUUCAACAUGGCUUUUGCGGACCUGCUCAUCGCAGUUUUCAAUGUGGGAACGUCCUGGACAUUCAACCUUUACCAUGAUUGGUGGUAUGGCGAUAUUUGUGUUCUGACUUCAUUUUUUGGCAUCGCUCCAACUACAGUAUCUGUGUUCUCAAUGAUGGCUCUCAGCUGGGAUAGAUGCCAAGCCGUGGUGCGACCGUUGCGGAAACGUCCCCUGUCACGCCGUCGCUCUCUCAUUACCAUAGCUAUCAUUUGGGCCAUUUCUACUGUUACUGCGCUCCCAUUCGCAUUCGCAGCUACAGUAAGUGAAGCUCCAGAAUUCGAUAAAUCAUUCGAUCACAUUCUGUUCCUUAUCCAGUACGCACUGCCCCUCUUCGUACUUUCACUCACCUUUGCUCGGAUUGCAUUAUUUGCUCCUGAAAAUCACUUAUCCAUAGUUUUUCAGGCAGUCAAAAUGCUAUCGUUGAUGGUUAUCACUUUUAUGUUCUGUUGGCUACCGUACCACCUUUACCAUACAUUUGAGUUGAACUUUGAGAAUCCAAAUAUCGGAAAAUACAUUUAUCUUUGUAUCUACUGGAUUGCAAUGAGCAGCAGCGCCUAUAAUCCUGUAAUAUACUGUUUUGCAAAUGAGAGAUUCCGGAUCGGCUUCCGCUACGUGUUCCGCUGGAUGCCCAUGAUACAAUGUUCACGGGAGAACUACGAAUACUCCCAGCUCUUCCCCGAAAAGCUGCGCAGCAUGGCCAUCACCGUUCAACUGAAUAAGACGUCCCGCGAAAAGAACUCGAGGCCACUACACAGGAGCUACAACAGCGCAGGUGAGGCCCCUUCUUGGACUUUGAGUUCAUUAAUGAAGGGUUUCAUAGAUAGCCCAGCGAAAACCAUUGUCCACGCUGACGACUCAUAG